AUGCCUCGCUCGUUCCUCGUGAAGAAGUUCUCCCCCGGCCGGAAGCCGCUCAACCGGGAGCGCGCGCUGCAGAGCCAGGCCGCUUACGUCCCAGAAUGCUUUGCGCAGGCCGUGGCCCCGACGCACUGCCCGACCACUCCGUUGUUCUGGGACGCCGUGGCCGCCCCUCCCCCCCCCGCCCCCUCGCCGCUCGGCCCUCUGGACCUCAGCGGCGCUCCGUCCAGCGGCGAGGACGAGGAGGACGGCGGGCGCACCUCCGACCCGCCGUCCCCGGACGCCAUCCCGCUCUACGGCUCCGCCGGCCCGCCGCCGCCGCCCGCCGAGGCCGCCGCCCCCCCGGCCUUCCUGUGCCGACACUGCCCCAAGGCGUACGGCAGCCUGGGCGCCCUGAAGAUGCACAUCCGCUCUCACACGCUGCCCUGCGUCUGCUGCACCUGCGGGAAGGCCUUCUCCAGGCCCUGGCUGCUGAGGGGCCACAUCCGCACACACACAGGCGAGCGUCCCUUCUCCUGCCAGCACUGCAGCCGCGCCUUCGCUGACCGCUCCAACCUGCGCGCUCACCUGCAGACGCACUCCGAGGUGAAGAAGUACGGAUGCAGCUGCGCCAGCCGCAUGUCGCUUCAUAAGCACGCCGCGCUGCUGCCCCGCCUCGUUGCUGUCAUCCGUCCCAUUCUGAAGAAGCCCACCCUGGACCCGGAGGUUCUCGCCAACUACAGGCCUAUCUCCAACCUUGCCUUCCUGUCCAAGGUGUUGGAGAAGACCAGCAAGACCACUGAGACCAGCAAGACCACUGAGACCAGUGAGACCAGUAAGACCACUGAGACCAGCAAGACCACUGAGACCAGCAAAACCACUGAGACCAGUGAGACCAGUAAGACCACUAAGACCACUGAGACCAGCAAGACCACUGAGACCAGUGAGACCAGUAAGACCACUAAGACCACUGAGACCAGCAAGACCACUGAGACCAGCAAGACCACUGAGACCAGCAAAACCACUGAGACCAGUGAGACCAGUAAGACCACUAAGACCACUGAGACCAGCAAGACCACUGAGACCAGCAAGACCACUGAGACCAGCAAGACCACCGAGACCAGCAAGACCACUGAGACCAGCAAGACCACUGAGACCAGCAAGACCACUGAGACCACCGGCAGCGGCCUCGACCCCUAG